GGAGGGGAGAUGCGCCCUGCUUGCAGGUGAAGGAGCCUUGUGCAGAUAGUGGGAUUACCCUAUGUGGAAUGGCUGUAGUCCCUUGAACACAGUGGAAGGACUGAAAGCGCGACAGUGGUACCGAUGCUGGAACACAUGAGCUGCAUUCAGAGAAUGUAGCCGACAGGGGCGGAACUGAUGGGGCCUGUGCUCACUACAACAUUGUGGGGUGUUUCUGGCUGUGCCAAAUAUGUUUCAGAGUCAGACGAACCUAGCAAGGAAACCAUGGAUACUGCCGUAGAACAAGUUCAGGAGCAGCCAUCUUCAACAACGCCAUCUGUUGAGGCCCAGAUUGAGCAAAGGGAGGUAACUCCAGUGGUGUCAGAAAAGGAAGAAGUGGCUGUUCCAGACAGUACAUCAGAGCCUAAAGUCGAAGGAGACGUGGAUACUAAUGGAGACAUCAGCGACGAGGGGCUGAACGGGGACAUGGAAGACCUUUCGCUUAACAGAGAAUCAGAAUCACCAGAAACCACCCCAGCGGUCGUUGACUCCACACAGGAUACUAAAACAGACAAGUCCAAGUCCCAGAACAGCAAGGUUUCCUCGACAACGGUUGCCAAGGGUGACAGUAAGUCUGACUCCUCCUCCUCCAAGCCAUCUGGCAAAAGCAAGAAGAAAGAGGACAAGAGUAUAGAGCACAUCCUGCGAGCCCUCAACAGCCUCCAUACAACAGAGGAGAAGUUAGCAGCGCUGUGUAAAAAAUAUGCUGAUCUACAUGAAGAGCAUAGAGUCUUGCAGGCAUCCUUCAAACAGGCCCAGAGGAAGAUGGUUGUGACUGUUCGGGAGAAGGACCAACUUCAAUCCGAACAUACCAAGGCUGUGAUGGCUAAGUCCAAGCUGGAGAGUCUGUGUCGGGAGCUUCAGAAACACAACAGGGUCAUAAAGGAGGAGAGUCUGGCUCGGGCCAGAGAAGAGGAUGAAAAGAGGAAAGAAAUCUCAAAUAAAUUUCAGCAAACAAUUGGCGAGAUUCAGAGUCAGAUGACCGACAAUCACGAACGCAACAUCAAACUACGAGAAGACAAUACUGAACUGGCAGGGAAACUGAAGAAAUUUGUGGAGCAAUACGAACUACGAGAACAGCAAGUGGAGAAGAUCGUGCAGCACCGAGAGCUGGAGAAACAGCUUGGGGAGGCAAAGCUGGCCCAGGCCAACGCCAUGUUGAAGGAGCUGGAGGAGAGGUCUGGCAAGGAGAGGGAGUUUCUUCUGCUACAGACGGCGGAGGCCCAGAAGAAGUCACAGGUUCUUGAAACACAGUUAACGAUGUACAAGGAGAGAUAUGAGGAGUUCCAGAGCACAAUCAACAGGAGUAAUGAAAUGUUCCAGAAAUUCAAGACAGAGAUGGACAAAAUGGGUAAGCGCAUCAGGAAGCUGGAGAAAGAAGGCGCUCAAUGGAAAGCCAAGUGGGAAAGCAGUAACAGAGCACUUAUAGGCAUGGCAGAGGAGAAAACUAAAUAUGACAAAGAGAAGGGCGUGUUAUUAACGAAAGUAAGCAAGCUGGAGUCAUUAUGCCGAGCGUUGCAGAGUGAGCUUCAUGGGAAGAAAUCCACGGCACCAUCAGCAGCUGUCAGCGAUGACCUACAACAAGCAAAUGGUGAUAAGGGGGAACCCACAGCGACCCCGCCCAACACACCUGAAACAACAUCCAGAAACAGUCCUGUUAAAGAUGAAGAGGCGCCCUCAGAUUCAGGGGAGGCAACUCCGCCAGUCCCCCCUCCAUCCAGCUCCACAGCCGAGCAGUUGGCCACAGAGUCCAAACCAUCAGAACAAAAAACCCAAGAAACUGCAGAAGUAAAAACAACACCAGAGGCAGGAAAUACUUCAAGCAAGGAGACAGUUACAGAAAAUACUUCAAAUGAGAAGGCAGUCUCCGUGGUUACAGAAAAUGCUUUAAAUAAUGAAUCGGUUUCAGAAAAUGCUUCAAAACAAGAGGCAGUUACAGAAAAUGCUUCAAAACAAGAGGCAGUUACAGAAAAUGCUUCAAAACAAGAGGCAGUUGCAGGAAAUGCUUCAAAACAAGAGGCAGUUACAGGAAAUGCUUCAAAACAAGAGGCAGUUACAGGAAAUGCUUCAAAACAAGAGGCAGUUACAGAAAAUGCUUCCAAAAAAGAGGGAGUCACAGAAAAUGCUGAAGAAGACGAAUAUGACAUAACUUCAGUGGAUUAAUACUUCUAGAAUUGUGUUAUUUUGCACAUUUCCUUCUCAGUAGCUGAUGCCUUGGAUGUACAUAAGCUGACCUGUGAGCAUGAUUCUAUUUAUGAGAAGUUCAUUUCUUCCUUUAGCUGUUUCCUCAGACCUGCUACAUUUCUCUCCAGACGAACUCUUUAUUUAUUAUGACCUAUGUGAAAUAGUAUUAUGGUUCCUGAAUAUCUUGUGUUUCUAACUAGAUUAUUCAGGUAAAAGAUCAGGCUAUCUCUUGGAGCAGGGUGCCAAGUGUUUAGGGUGUUCCCCGUGCAAGUUUGAAUUUCCAAAUUAUGAACAGUGAGACAAUAAGGUAUCAUUAUUGUGGUAAAACAAGUUGUUUUCACAGUUUCCAUGGUUACGUAAUUUUAUUUAGAAAAUACUACGAUUUCACCCUAUAAGAUCAGUUAUAUCUUAUGAACAAAAAUUAAUUUGGAAAAAACGAUCCUGAUUAAUUCAUAAGAUUGGAACCACAGGAUUUAUUUUCUGUUUGGCCUUUUUGUUUGUUCAUGCCUUAAUUAACAUCUCAGUCUCGUGUUAAUUUGACGUUUGAGUGGAAGCAAAUAGAUAAAACUGUACAUAAUUUUCAACCCAAAUUUGUGAAUACUGUUCUUAUUAUAUGAGAAACCUAUAGCAGUGUGAUAUGAAAUACCAUUGUGUAUAGAAAUACCAUUGUGGUGAUGCUCAUUGCCCGUUUUUUUAUUGGCCUGUGAAACUCACACAAAACUGUUUCAUAUACAUUGUACAAAUUGCAUGAUGUUGGUGGAGUUGGGAGGAAAGUAUUUGUUACCAUGGUUACUGGUGUGAUGAUGGUACAGUGUUGACACAACUGGGGGUUUGAUGUUCUUCUAUAACGCCCAUCCGAGGGGUCAAUAUUCUCACUGUAACACCACUCCUAUUGGUCAUAUUUUCAGCGCAUCUUUUAUACCAAAACAUCUUCUCACGCUUCACAUUUGUAGAUUCUGUGUGUAUUUAAAGGUCUUUAUUGUACCAAAUUUGCCCAGGGGGCCUGUAUGUCAUCGUAGUGAAACUUAACACUUGAUUACACUUACUUUAAAGUGUGAGUUCUUAAUUGAUUGGGUGUAGACAGCUCUUGACCAUUGUUGACCAAGAAUUUACGUACAUUCUACUGGAAAUAAUUAUGUUGUCUGUUUUUUAAAUAAGUGUUUAUCAUCGUCUGAUAUUUAACUUCCCAAACAGCAACACAAUGGGAUGUAGAUAGAAACAAAGGGGGAUAACCCUUGUUAUCUGAAGAUGGCUUGGCAUAAGACUGUUAGUGUCCAUAACCCAUCUUAUCCAUUAGUAGUUAAACCAACCAACACCAUCAUGCGUGUAUCAUUGAUAACCAGUUACCUACUUUUAUAUGAGAGACUAUGGCUGAUCGAUGGUCACACGUCAUAUACAAAGAGAAAGCUUUGUUGGAAAUGAAUGGCUGACAGUGCCUACUUCCCAGCAGGGCUUGUAUUUGUUCUCAAUGCUGAGUUAAACAGGAGAACGCUGUGUGGAGUUUGCAUUACAUCUGUAGUCGGUGAUUAAGGUUUGUUUUGUAUCACAGUGGUUGUGACAGCAGUGGCAUUUAUUGUAUUUAUGUAUUUUAAACACUUCACUUUUUAUUGGAAGGUUUAGGAUUAAAAAUAGAUGUACCCAUUUGAGUGCAAAGUAGUGAAAGCUCUUGUGUCAACUUAUGCAUAUUUGAUUGUUAGCCUGUAUUAUAUCUUCAUCCCUUGCCAAACUUCCAUCUCUCUGUUGGUGACUUCUUGAAUUACUGCCCAGUACUGUUGGUGACUUCUUGAAUUACUGCCCAGUACUGUUGGUGACUUCUUGAAUUACUGCCCAGUACUGUUGGUGACUUCUUGAAUUACUGCCCAGUACUGUUGGUGACUUCUUGAAUUACUGCCCAGUACUGUUGGUGACUUCUUGAAUUACUGCCCAGUACUGUUGGUGACUUUUUGAAUUACUGCCCAGUACUGUUGGUGACUUCUUGAAUUACUGCCCAGUACUGUUGGUGACUUCUUGAAUUACUGCCCAGUACUGUUGGUGACUUCUUGAAUUACUGCCCAGUACUGUUGGUGACUUCUUGAAUUACUGACCAGUACUGUUGGUGACUUUUUGAAUUACUGCCCAGUACUGUUGGUGACUUCUUGAAUUACUGCCCAGUACUGUUGGUGACUUCUUGAAUUACUGCCCAGUACUGUUGGUGACUUUUUGAAUUACUGCCCAGUACUGUUGGUGACUUCUUGAAUUACUGCCCAGUACUGUUGGUGACUUCUUGAAUUACUGCCCAGUACUGUUGGUGACUUCUUGAAUUACUGCCCAGUACUGUUGGCUCUUUCAGCCUAAAGACUGUGUUUUGAUUGCACACGUUACGGAUAUUAUUAGCCUUAAGCAUGUAACAUUUGCAUUCUUAUGUUCAAAUACUUUGUUUUUUACUUUUAAAAAAAGGAAUUAUUGUCAUUUGCAAACAACAUGAUCAAAAGACAAAACUGUUUUUAUUUGUGAAUUCAUGUGAAGUUCAAGACACCACAUCACGAUCAAAACAAUUUCACCUGAAUGUGGAAUGCCGUGUGGUAGUCGGAACCGAACAGGGUCAGUUGGUCAGUCUCUAAGGCACCACUGUGUGCUUGGCCCCGUUCCACAAAGCCAUCUUAGCGCUAAGGUGAUCGUAACUACCAUACUUUAACACUAGCUUACGAUAGUCGUAGCGCUAAGAUUGCUUUGUGGAACAGUGCCCUGGACAGAGUUGUGUCCCUUGUCCUGUCAGGAUCCACUGAUCUUGUGCUUGAAUACCAGAUAGACAGGAUUCACCCAGGUUAUGAUCUGUCUGUCAACACACAUCUUUACAUGUGUUUGUGACAUCACAAAGUGGUUACCAUGUACAACAUUCAGAUCUUUCCUCCUGCGUUAAAGUGGAAGCAGGAAUAUGACUGAAAACUGUUCAAGCAGCGUUAAACCCAACUCACUCACUCACUUUAGUACAGCGUUUCCUGGUGUUGAGGGAGACCAAGGCCCAGUUCCACAAAGUGAUCUUAGCGCUUAUGCGCUAAAUCCCAUAUUUGAACAUACACUUACAUAUUAGCGCAAAGGCGAAAGUAACUCCCAUUCUUUAUCGUAGCGCUAAAGCAACCGUAACUCCCAACUGUAAGAUUACGAUCAUAGCACUAAGAUCCCUUUAUGGAACGGGGACAAGGACUGUAUUAUGUGAGGCGAGUCGCUUCUCCCCUUCUCCCCUUCCUGUAGUUAGCAGUGUGUCCAGGCUUAUGUAGAGAUGCAAGUUGGUUUCAUUUUGGUGUAAAUUUGAAUGAGGACAGACGGUGACUGUCUGUAUGACCUGAAUAAAGGAGUACACCAUGA